AUGUCUGUUGCCAAAUCCGCCGCCACCAAGUUGGACUGGACCAAAAUUGUGUCUCAGUUGGGUCUUUCUGGACAGACUGCUGCCGCAUUGACUUCAUUCAAGAAGAGAAAUGACGAGGCCAAGAGAGUUUUGUUUGAGUUGAAACAACAACCAACCACUGUUGAUUUCUCGUCUUACAAGAGCACAUUGAAGAACGCAGCUAUUGUUGACAAGAUCCAAGCUGACGUGGCCAAGUUCACUGCAUCCAAGACCAACCUGUCCAAGCAGUUGAAAUUGAUCGAUUCUUUCGAAGCCAAGGCUUUGGAGAACGCCAAGGAGACCGAGAGUGUUGUUCUCUCCGAGCUCACUGACUUGGAGAAGACUCUUGAGAACAUCGAGACCGCCAGACCAUUUGACCAACUUACUGUUGACGAUGUCACCAAGGCUAGACCUGACGUUGAGGACAAGGUUCAAGACAUGGUUUCGAAGGGUAGAUUCGAGGUUCCAGGUUACAAGGAGAAGUUUGGUGACUUGGUCAUCAUGUAA